GUUCUCGCUUGCUAUAUACUGUCGAAACCUUGAAGCUUGAAGUCUGGGAACUAUGGAACGCGUCAAACAGCUGGCUUCGCAUAUUGUUGGGUCGUCUUCUGGUGGUUUGGCUGCUCUUGAGCGUAAGAGCCCGGACGAUGUCGUGGUCACGAUGGCUAUAAGGUCGCCUAUGUGCAAGGCGAAGAAGGGAGGCUUCAAGGAUAUGAGGAGCGAUGAACUGUUGACGGAGAUGUUUAAGCAAGCUGUAGCACACAGCAAGGUCAAUCCGGCCGUCAUUGGAGAUAUCUGCGUUGGGACUGUUCUCCCGCAUGGCCCAACAUACGAAGCACGCACCGCCGCACUUGCAGCAGGCAUCCCAGAAUCUGUACCCGUCCAAACCAUCAACCGGUUCUGCUCUUCUGGACUUAUGGCCGUGACGACUAUCGCAAACCAAAUACGAGCGGGUCAGAUUGAAGUCGGGCUUGCGAUUGGGGUCGAGAGCAUGACUGCGAACCCUGACUCGGGACCAUCUGCCGGAAGUUGCGAGAUCAGCGCACACCAGAGUGCGUCGGAUGCACUGAAGCCUAUGGGCUGGACGAGCGAGAACGUCGCUGGCGAUUUCAACAUCUCGCGUCAAGACAUGGACGAUUUCGCCGCACGAUCCUUCCAACGCGCCGAACGCGCGGCCAAGGCAGGCUACUUCGCGAACGAGAUCGUUCCGUUCAAUGCGCUGGUCAAGAACCCUAGCACGGGCGAACGCGAGAAGGUCGUCAUUUCUGCAGACGACGGUAUCCGUCCGGGGACGACGAAGGAGGGGUUGGGUAAGAUCAAGGCUGCGUUCCCGCAGUGGGCUCCCGGAAAUACGACGGGUGGGAAUGCUAGUCAGAUUACGGACGGGGCGGCGGCGGUGUUGUUGAUGACGAGGAGGAAGGCGGAGGAGUUGGGUGUGCAGAUUGUGGCGAAGUACUGCACGACGGCUGUGGCAGGAUUGGCGCCGCGGAUUAUGGGUAUUGGGCCGAGUGUGGCGAUCCCAAUGGUGCUGGAGAACGCCGGCAUCACGAAGGACGACGUUGAUCUCUUUGAGAUUAACGAGGCUUUUGCGUCGAUGUAUGUGUACUGUGUACGCAAGCUUGGGUUGGACCCAGAAAAGGUGAACGUGAACGGCGGUGCCAUCGCACUCGGACAUCCAUUAGGCUGUACAGGAGCACGACAGGUGGCGACGGGACUGAACGAGUUGAGGCGGCGGGGAGGCAAGGUGCUGGUGACCUCGAUGUGCAUUGGAACUGGGAUGGGAGCUGCUGGUGUGUUCGUUGCCGAGUAGAUAGAUAUCUGUUUGAGCACAUUUUUUCCGUGUAUUUAUAGUGUGUGGCCAUGCGAGGUUGAAAUGUUGAAAC